AUGGAGCGCGCGGAUUGGCCGAGGGGAGGGAGAUUGGGAUGGGGUAGGAGAGAGCCUGUCGUUGAUUGGGUGGGCUUGGUAAAGGCCUUGAGCUCAGACCGGCUGAGCGCUGGGAGGAGGGUGGACCGAAGGCACGACUCGGAGCCUUCGCGAUUGGCUGGGAUAGUAGGCGUUGAUAGGAUAGGGUGCCCGGGAGAACUAAGGAGAGGAGUUCGGGGUCGGGGCGCGGGAAGGCGGGAGGCGCCCGGCUACCCUAGGAACCUGGCGCGGGGCACGAUGGGACGCCCCCGGGAAGAGGCGGAGCUGGGUUCGAGCGCUGGGGCUGCGGUUGGGAAACUACUGGAGGAUGUGGUGCACCAGAAUAAGAGAAUAAACCAAGAAACAGGAAGACGUGAUCCAGGCAACAGGAUAUUCCAGUAUAGACAGUCUCGCUCUGUUGCCCAGACUGGAGUGCAGUGGCACGAUCUCAGCUCACUGCAGCCUCUGCCUCCCAGGCUCAAGCAAUUCUUGUGCCUCGGCCUCUCAAGUAGCUGGUAUUACAGACAUGCAUCACCAUGCUUGGCCAAUUUUCGUAUUUUUAGUAGAAACAGGGGUUUCAUCACGUUGACCAGGCUGGUCUGAAACUCCUGACCUCAGGUGAUCUGUCUACCUCAGCCUCCCAAAGUGCUGGGAUUACAGGUGUGAGUGACUGCGCCCAGCUUGAAUCUUUUUUUUUUGGAGACGGAGUUUCGCUGUUCUUGCCCAGGCUGGAGUGCAAUGGCGCGGUCUUGGCUCACUGCAACCUCUGCCUCCUGGGUUCAAGCGAUUCUCCUGCUUCAGCCUCCCGAGUAGCUGGGAUUACAGGCAUGCGCCACCAUGCCCAGCUAAUUUUUGUAUUUUGAGUAGAGACGGGGUUUCACCAUGUUGGCCAGGCUGGUCUUGAAUUCUUGACCUCAGGUGAUCCACCUGUCUCGGCCUCCCAAAGUGCUGGGAUUACAAGCAUGGGCCACCGUACCCAGCUCUCGAGUUCUCCUUUCUAUUCCUAGAUGUGAAGGAGCAAAGAGGAGCCAGAAGCUAGAGGGGGCUGCUUGGUAAGAGCUGUGGUCUUUGCUAAAGGGACACAGACAACCCAUGUGACCUGGCAAUGAGAAAGCCAGAGUACUCUGACCAUCUUUCCUGUAUCUUCUCAUCUUCUUUGGAUAAUACUAAUUGGAUAAACAGAAGCUGAAGUCAGAGGGCAAGGGAGCCAUUCAUGCAGUCCAUGUGGGUCAGCACCCGCUGGGGUCCAGAGUGGGAUGAAGAGGGGUUCUGAAAGGCAAAUGGAAGACAUCCAGUAUAACCUCUCCCUGAACGUAAUUCAAACUACUAUUACAGAUGAAAAUCACAUGUAUGCUGAAAGUAAAAUAACCUGUUUCCAGAAUUUCUGAUUGCAAAAUUCUGAGUUCUUCAAUUAAAACUGCAUUUUUCUCAGUCUUUUUGGUGCCUCUGCUUCACUGGUGCCUUAAGCAUGUUUGGAGAGCCUGAGGGCAGCCCUGAGCAUGGUGCCUGAACUAGGGUGCUUCAAAACUAGGGACUGAGGAAGUCUCAAGUUCAUUCCUGAAUACUGACUGUAAGAGUCUCUGAGAGUUUUGAGAAUGUAGAACUGAUUUAGAAUGAAUCUCAGGAUUUUUCUGUUAAGAUCUAUAAAUUAGGAAUUAAGGAACUGGAUUUUUUUGAAUUUGAAAAAUCCUAUGAUAGUAUAACUUUGCAUAAGCCUACUGAUAGGAAAGUUUUUAGUUUCUUAUCAAAGAGAAUAAAGUGAAUCAGGACAUCAGUUUCACAUUGACAUUUUUAUUAACGCCAACUGUUUUUUAAUUGUUAUUUUUUUAAAACAAUAGCACAAAAAUGUUUCAAGGAAGCAGUCUCACAAUCUGAUGACCUUCUGAAAUACAGUUAAGCCACACCAAAUAUGAAUUUCUGUUAAUAACACAAAUUUUUUUU